AUGGCGACAGGCGUCGACUUCCUCUUCCUGGUCAACACGCCGGCCAUGUACUCAUCCCCCGAGGGGUCAUCACCCGGCAACCCUUCCCCGUCGCCGCCGCGCAUCACGUCGCAGGCGCGGUCGCACGCCGCCAUGGCCUUUCACCGCAAGAGACACGGCGCGAUGCAGGCGAACGCGAAGGCGCUUCAGCAAGUGUCGACCGCUGCGGGGCUGGAGGGGCGUGCGUUGAUGCCGAAGCCCAAGACGACCUCCAGAGGCAGAGGAACGCAAGAGAAAGAGGACGGGGGGGAGGAAGAUGCUAGUCCUCGUACGAGUGCCAUCAUCAUUACGCCGACGUCUCCCACCACGAGCAACAAAGGAGCGUUCUUCGUUCGGGAUUUCGAGACUCAUCCCUUCUUCGAGACACAAUGGUCGCCACCACCCUUGAGCCGCCCGGUCGACGUCCUCCCUGGCGUCCCGCACCGCGACUCUGCUGGCUUUGGCGCCGCAGCUGAAUUCUAUAGCACCGUCCGGCCAGAUCUGGUCCACGCGCCCGUGUUUCACGUCUUUGAUGUGAGCAAUACAUUUGCCAAGAUCCUCGACGCACAGAGCUACUACGACCUCAUGACCCACGAGGUGGCUCUGCACGCCGGCGUGGCCGUGGUCAACAUGGUGCGCGACGUGUUCCGGCGAUCGCAUUCGCGCAACAGCGACAACCGCACAAACAACACCACCACUGGCCCCUCGCCGCAGGUCCUCAGCCUGGUUCAGGCCGCGAUCUCUAAGCUGCGCCAGCACAUUGCCGCUCAGGAUGAGGAUCCUGGAGGAGGACAUGGGGGAGGGCGUCGUGGUGGUGGUGGUGGUGGUGGUGGUGGUGGUGGUGCUCGUCGUCAGCACAAACAACAACAUCAUGCCGUCAACGACGACGGGGCGAUCAUAGCAGCAUUGUUCCUGGGCCAUAUUGCUAGCGGUUUCGGCGACCACGAGGCCUUCCAAAUGCACCGGCACGGCAUCAAGGCCAUGAUCGAGUCCCGAGGCGGACUGGACGUGCUGGGUCUGGACGGGAUGUUGAAAUGCUCGGUCCUGCAUCUUCUCGACGGCGAACUGUUCAGGUUCGAGUCGUGGUGGACCCAUAUAUACCGCGACACGUCGGUGUUUGCAUCUUCCAAACCACCCUACCACCCGAUCUACCUCUCGCCGCCGCCGUACUCGGCCGAAACAUCAUCCCUCCUGGCCCGCCUGCCACCGGGAUUCCGUCGUCUCGCGACCCGGGGCAGGCUCGCCGUGGACAUCGUGACGGUGCUGUCCAACAUCGCUGCCUACCAAGACGCCAUCCAGGCCGGGGACGAGGCAGUCGCGCGGCAGAUGGAGGCGGUGGCCGCGCUGCCCGCGCGCAAACGGCACGCCGACUUCAGCGACGCCUGCGCCUGCCUGCUCGACCCGGCGCCCAGCUUCGAGAAGUAUCUCGUCUUUGUGCUGAUCUGCUACGCCAGCGUCGCCUUCGCCCCGGACCGCCAUUACCUGUCCGCGAGCCACACUGCGUUCCGAACGCCGCGGUUGCGGCUCACUCAAGAUCUGCCGACCUUUCGAGUGGAGGAUGACAAACAUGUAGCAUUAUUGAGACACGACACUGCUUUGAUGGACCUCACGGGCGAUAUCGUAGAGGCGGACGACGACGCCGACGAUGCUGUCAUUGCCACCGAAAGAGACUGUCUAAUCUGGAUGUGGCUUGUCGUGAUCAGCAGCUGGACAGCCACGGACGGUGCCGACUCGGACCACGCAGCAUCCUUGCAGAGAGCGUUCAGAGCCCGAUUUCCGGAGCACGGUGGUGACUGGGAGUGUCUGGAUUGUGUUUUGAGGCAGUUCUUCUGGACGAACGGUUUGAACGUGGAGAUGAAGCGGUUCUGGGAGUCGUCGUGA